AUGCAGUGAUUGAUGAUGGGAGGUUGAGUACCUGGGACAGUGGGUCGUCCGACGAGUGCUUUGUUGCCAUUGUCGCGAGCACUGCAGAGGACGUUGGAGAUGAGGAGGAGAGAGCGGACGGGGGACAGGCAGGACGGUCUUGGAGGACGGCGCGUUGCAUCGUGUUUGCGUGAGAAUAACGAGGUCCUUUUCUGGCAGCUGUGCGCCUCGCGAGCCAUUUCCCGCUGCUUUUUCCCGUGCACCAUCCCCUCCUCGCUCAUCAUCCGUCAAUCAUUCGCACUGCCUCUCGUAACAGGACCGAGAGCCUGCAUUGCAUGCGGGAUUGCCAGCGCAGCCGCACCACAAACGCUCGCCCAACCUCGGCAUCCAUUCGCUCGCGAGGAAGCCUUGCAGGUCGAUCAGAAGCAGAUGCACGGCCCUGCACGCUCUGCACGCGCAGCCGCAAUUCGCACAACGCAAGGCUACCGCACCCCUCCAAUGCCCCCAGCCUGCCACGUCUGCCAUGGAUAUCGCGAACGCGGACGAUGCACCUCUAGAUCCAUGACGGUCAUCCGCCGCUCAGCGGCGAGCGCACUGGGCGACAACCCUGAGCCUGCCACACGGAACAGGCCAUCUUCGGCUGACUCGGUGCUCGCGCCGAGUGCGGCUAUGCACCUAGGAAGCAGCGCCGCCUGAACUAGCGGCUAGCAGACAUCGCAUCAUGCUGCAAGGGAUUAUUUCAGCC